CAUGGAGCUGCCAUGGAAACGGAAUAAAGCCUCUUGCACUGGGCACAGUGGUGUGCAGGCUUAACGCACAAGCAACGCAGAGGGUUUGGGAGAGGAAGAUCCUUGUGGACGGGAGAGAAAAGGGCAGAGGUUAUGCAUGAAGAGUUCUAGAACCGCCUACAGUGAUGUUUAACCUGACAGAAGUGACCUUCCUCGGUGAUGCCCACGCUCGGUUCCAGACUCUAAAGCCUUGGUGGGAUGUCCUGAUGGACUACUUGGUAGUAGCGAUGCUGAUGGUCUCUCUCCUCUCAGGUACUCUGCUGAUUUCUGUUGACCAUAUGACCUGCUUGCCUCUGAAUUACAAGCUAAAUGAGACCACAGCAGCUAUGCUCAAGCAUGGAGCUAUGGACAGUGCCACCAGUGAAGAGUUUUCUGCUGAGAACAGUGGACGCCCAAUCAACCUUGACUACCAGCAGUACCUGUACAUAAACCAUGUCUGCUAUCAGAAUGCUUUGCCUUGGUUCUCCAAGUAUUUUCCUUACCUAGCACUUGUCAACUCACUGCUCUUAAUGGCAAGCAGCAACUUCUGGUUCAGGUACCCUAAGACGUCCUCAAAGAUCGAACACUUCUUAUCCAUCCUCAUGAAAUGCUUCGAGUCACCUUGGACCAUCAAGGCUGUAUCUGAAAUGGUCUACCAGAAUUUCCUAGACCUACCCAAAACCAAGGUUACUGGAGGGUGUCAAGAACAAUUUAUUUCCCCUUCAUCCUCUCCUAUCCUUGACUGGAAGGAGAGGGAGCAGGGCCGGGCACUCUUUGAGAAGAUCUGCAGAUUCAGGGCACACGCUGAAGGUGCCAACUUGAUUUAUAUGGUCUACAUGGGACAAACAAUCUUCAAAGUUGCCAAGAUCCUAUCUGUGCUGGGCUACACUUCCAACUGCAUAGGAGCCAUCUCCUUUGAACAUGUUUGCUGGCUGGACACAGAGAACCUCACUGGCUACUCUGUUUUCCUCUGUAACCACAGCUUAGCUUUCAUUCUGCAGAAGUUGAUGGUUACCUACCUGCUCUUGGUAUUCCUCUAUGGGGUGGUGGCGGCUUACCCACUGUUGUGGCUGUUGCGGCAGCCGCUGCAGAAGUAUUCCUUUAAGCAAAGGCAAGAAGACAGUCACUUUCUUGGCAUCCCAGAUGUCUACAAUGACUUUGCUUUCCUCCUGCACAUGGCUGAUCAGUGCGACCAGCUAUACUCCUGGCGGUUUGCCAUCUUCCUCUCAGCCAUGAGCAAGAGCUCUUUGCUGGAUGUGGGCCUUGAAAACAAGGCAAGUAUUGAAGGGCUGCAGCUGCAUGUGCAUUGAUACUCACUGGCAUCAGAGGACUAAGGCUUCGCAAGCUGCCAGACUAUCUAGGGCCCUAUUCUGUGAAAUGGAAAUCCUGAAGUUUGCAAACAGUCCCAGACUAAAGCAGCCAGAAAAAUAGGUAUACUAACCUUUCUCAAUCCUCAUUGGUCAAGAUGGGCCCCAAUGACCUAGGAAGGCCCAUAAUAUUCCACAUCCCAUUUCCAGACAUUACAACCUGGGGUUGUCUCUCUCAGGGGUCUCCACCAGUAUCUCUCUAAGCAAUUUUGGCAAGAUGAAAUAUGCACUGUUCAGACCUGCCCUUGUUGGGCUGGGAUUAUGAAUAUGGAUUUCAUAUGGAUAUGAAAUGGAAGAAGGCGUACAGCUCAAUAGUUAAGCAUGGGCUUUGUAUGCAAAAGAUACUAGGUUCAAUCGUUGGCAUCUCCAGUUAGGGCUAGGAAAGGCUCCUGUCUGAAACCAUGGAGAACUGCAGCUAGAAAGUACUGUAAUACUGACCUAGACAGAUCAAUAGUUUGAUCCAGUUUAAGGAGCCUCUGAUAUUCUGAUUAAUUGACGGCUGAAGAUAAGGCAAAUUCACGACUGGAUCCUUUAACUUUUGUUUCUGUUUUAAUGCAGUAGUUUUUAUUAGCUGCUCUGCAAUAAAAACAACAGGUACCUGCAUUGCCUGUGAACUUUCCUCCCUGGGGUUAAUAACAGUUCGUUCUCUCUCUCUC